ACCGGAAUCGCCGCGAUGUCUGUCAUGAGACCCGAACUCAUAAUGAAGUCGAUUAUACCGGUCGUAAUGGCGGGUAUUAUAGCCAUCUAUGGUCUGGUUGUGGCCGCACUCAUAGCCAAUAAGAUCUCGGAAGGCGGGGCCAAACCUCUCGGCGGCGGUUAUAAACUAUACUACGGUUUCCUGCAUUUGGGCGCCGGUCUGAGCGUCGGGUUGAGUGGAUUGGCGGCCGGUUUCGCGAUCGGAGUCGUGGGCGACGCGGGAGUGCGCGGAACAGCACAACAGCCGCGACUAUUCGUUGGCAUGAUUUUGAUCCUAAUUUUUGCCGAAGUGUUGGGUCUCUACGGACUGAUCGUCGCUCUCGUCUUAUCGACAAAAACGGGUUAA